AUGGCCCAGAAAGACACGUUUCUGCAUCUCUUUGCCGGAGGAUGUAGCGGCACUGUCGGAGCCAUCGUAACAUGCCCUUUGGAGGUGUUAAAGACACGACUGCAGUCCUCGGGUCUCACUCUCCGGCCCGUUUUUCAGGUCCAGCUCGGCACCCUCAGUGGGACUGGGGUCAUCCGACCAGGGACUGUUACGCCCGGGCUGGUGCAAGUCUUACGGUCAAUACUCGAAAAAGAGGGACCACGAUCUCUUUUCCGCGGCUUGGGGCCAAAUCUUGUUGGCGUGGCUCCGUCAAGAGCCAUUUACUUUGCUGCGUAUUCCAAAUCCAAAGAACUCUUCAAUGGGUUGCUUGUUCCAAAUAGUGGCGCUGUUCACAUGUCCUCAGCUGGUAUUGCAGCUUUUGUGACCAACUCCCUAAUGAACCCCGUCUGGAUGGUUAAGACCAGGAUGCAGCUUGAAAAAAAAGCCCGAGGAGAGAAGAAGAUGAACGCCUUGCAAUGCGCCCGCCACGUUUACAGAACAGAGGGCGUCCGGGGCUUCUACCGAGGCCUGACCGCGUCUUACGCCGGCAUCUCCGAGACCAUGAUCUGCUUCCUCAUCUACGAGACGCUCAAGAAGCGGCUCGCCGACAACCAGCUGGCGUCUCCGAGCAGCGAAAAUGAGAAAAGAGCGUCCGACUUUCUGCGCUUGAUGAUGGCGGCCGCUUUCUCAAAAGGCUGCGCAUCCUGCAUAGCAUACCCACAUGAGGUGAUUCGGACAAGACUGCGCGAGGAAGGCAGCAAGUACAAGUAUUUCUUUCAGACGGGGAGGUUAAUAGCCUUGGAGGAAGGCUACGCCGCUUUUUAUAGAGGACUCAUUCCGCAGCUAAUUAAACAAAUCCCCAACACGGCCAUCGUCCUCUCCACGUAUGAACUCAUCGUCCAUCUACUGGGAGAAUCCAAGUGA